AGACGGCCGACCGUUGGUGUUGCCGUGUCCCAUGUCCACCACCCACCCAACAUCCCCGGCCAAACCUGGCUCGGACUCACCGUGACGACUCCUGUAAAUGCGGCCACGCCUCCUCACACUCACGCCGGUGCAGCUGUCGUGGCAACCGUCAUCCGAGGUCAUGUCCUCAACCAGAUGACUCGCUCGCAUGAUAGCGGCGCAAAGAUAUAUGGCCCUGGAGAGAGCUGGUAUGAGGCACCGGGAUGUCACCACGUCCGUUCCGAGACCGUUGGCGAUGAGGAGUGCGUGUUCAUCGCGAACUUGAUUGUCAGCACGGAUACUUUCAAGGGGCUGGAUGUCAAGUCUCGGGCCCCAGAGGAUGACUUGGCAAAGAUUCUGCGUGUUGUUAUCAUUGACAAGGAGGUUGAAGAGCAGCAGGCGGCUGCUGGACAACAGUGA